AUGUCGCGACAGAUCAACCAGCCCAGCAACCAGAUCAAACUCACAAAUGUCUCAGUUGUGCGACUGAAGAAGGGCAAGAAGCGUUUUGAGAUCGCAUGCUACAAGAACAAGAUCCUCGAAUGGCGCAAAGGCAUCGAGACCGACACAGACGAGGUUCUGCAGAUCCCCAAUGUCUUCAUCAAUGUCAGUAAGGGACAGACGGCACCGAAAACCGACCUGGCAAAGGCAUUCGGCAAGGACAAGCCUGUGAACGAAAUCAUUCUCGAAAUACUGAACAAGGGCGAAAUUCAAGUGGGCGAGAAAGAGAGAGAUGCAGAACUGGAAAGGGUGAAGCACGAGGUCAUAUCGAUAGUCGCCAGUAAACUCAUCAACCCACAAACAAAGACACUGCACACUACCACCUUCAUCGCAAAGACAUUGGACGAGCUGAGCCAGGCGGCGCAUCAGCAACAGGGCGACAAGAGUGCCACCGCCAGCGGCACCGCGACGCCAGCUACGGGUGAAGAGGGCGAGGCGGUCAGGGCGAAGACCAAGCGACACAACUGGACUGGCGUCGUAACGACCAAGAGCGCAAAGAGUCAAGCCCUGGAAGCCAUGAAAGUUCUCAUCGACCAUGAUCCCAAACUGUGGAAAAGAUCGAGAAUGGAGUUGCGGGUCACAUGUUCCACGAACGUCCUCAAGCAGGUCGUCAAGGCACCGAAAGCAGCAGAAGGCGAUGGCGAGCCGAAGGUGGCACGAGGAACCGUCAAGGACACAAUCUUGAGCUAUAUUGAACAAGUACAGAGUCAGGACGUGUUGGGUUCGGAAUGGGAGGUGGUGGGCUAUGCCGAGCCUGGCGCCUACAAAGGUCUGUCUGACUUUCUGAGCAAUGAAACCAAGGGGCAGGGCAGAGUCGAGAUAUUGACGUCGUCUGUUGACCUCAAGGAUGACGUUGCCCAAGAUUUCUAG